CUUGUCAUCGUCACCAAAACAUCGUCACCUGUCAAAAGAACCGACUUCGCCUCAACACUCCACAUCUCAAUUUUCUAUCUAUAAAAUCUCAUAUUCCGUGUCGCUUACAUCCGCAGACACGACCCGAAGUACUCAAUACCAAAAAUGGCAACCAUGGCAUCGGCUACUGCUGUUCGCGAUAUCCCAAAGACCUCCCAUCCCAGCCGAGACAACUUAACUGCUGUAGCGGCUGCUCGGAGUGUUCCUGUGACACGACCUCAUUCCCUUCCGACUCCCCCCAAUUCCAUAUCACCUACGCUACCACCCCAUGGUCUCAAGGCCCAAUUGCAAAGGGCCAAGCUCGAUACCGUCGACUCCGACCUGGACCUUCACGAAGGUGCUGAUCAUAGUCCUAUCGGCUCACCGAGUUUCGAGUCAACAGGAGCCAUCACUCCAGCGAUGCUGGCCAAAUUCCAUCUUCCAGAUAUCCUGCUGAACCACGGACCCUUGGCCAUCCGCUAUAUCAUGGGUUACCUAACUACCUCGGUCCCCGGCUUCGCGGGCAUCUCUCCGCCAAAGGCGCGAAGGUUAGUCGUGGCAGCGUUGGAAGGACGUGGACAAGGGCACGGUGCAUCUGAAGGUGGAGGAGUGGGUGGAGUUGGCGGUGUCGUGGAAUUCCAGAAGGUCGGAUGGGGCCGGUGGGACGCUAGGCGACGCGGCCAGCCUUCGCGAGAUGCAUCUCGACAGUCCGGCGGUGAAGGCGAUGCCGGAUCCUAUCCGACUAGCAUACCAAUCUCGAAAGGUGCAGGGUGGAACGCUGACCGCUCCCGAUUGAACGCACGUGCCACUAGCCACGGCAAUUCUGCGGCCUUCUCUCACGACGAUAGGGACGUUAACAUGAUGGAGAACGAAGCCGAUAAGAUGUCUCUCGACUCUCUAGACGGCCCCGCGUCGGCUUCGUGCUCGUCGGCACCGGAUAAUGAAGACAUGGUCAUGAACGACGAUCCCGAAGACGCCACCGACGAUGAAGACUGGGCAGCUGUGGGAGCUGCAGCACUGCGGGCGGCCUCGUACUCUAAUCCUACCGAGGCUCGCCAAGGAUCGAACUUCCCCUCUCGUGUAUAUAACUCUUGCGGCUUUCGAUCGUACUCCGGAAAUACCGGGAUGCUUCGGGAGCCACGUCUCGACAAUAUCGACCUGGACGCGCUGGCUGCCUCGUCAGAUGCUCAAGAGCGCGAGGCUAUCCAGGCUCUUUUGCAACUCGGUUCUGUAUAAAUAUUUAAGCAUGGGCGGCGUUUUAUGAGGAUAGCCCGACUCGGACGGGCUUGGUUUGGUUGGCUGUUUUACUGGCUGGGCUGGUUAGUCAUCUUGUCAUUCCUUGAUCGAGAUGUGGCGUUCCUCUCGAUCAUCAUUGUUAUCAUCUGGCAUCUUCUGUUUUUUCCGACAUCCGGCGUCUCUGGCUUCUCGAC